AACAACAAUAACAGCUUCUGCUGCAAUAGUGAUGAUAAUAAUAAUAAACGCAAAUUCGACGCACAUUCGGAAUGACAGGAAACGCGAAACGCAUACUUUGUUAUUAUGAUUUCGAGAGAGACAUGGGCAGCAUUUAUGUUAUCCUAACAUUUGAACUUUAAUGUUUAUCGAUAGAUUGAACGGUUGAUUUCAUGGAGUCUACGGUUCUGUGAUUGGUUUGAUCCGAUCGAUGCUCCGACUACGCAAAAGUCGUUGAAGUUUUAUAGCACGAAUUGAAACAUGAAAGUUAGCCGGGCAAGCAAACCUUGCUCUUCUGGGGGCUCAUCGGAAAAUACGUCCGACAGUCUCGAGGAUGAAUUAUCUACACAACAGGAGCUUCCAAUCAUAGACGUUCGUGAUCAGUGUCCAAAGUACGCAGCAAUUGUUGAUGGAAGGCUUGGAAAACCAUCAAUAGAAGAUGUCGAUUCCCUUCAGUUGGAGCUAGAGACUCUUCUUGUAGCUGUCGUACAACGAAAGCAACAACUUCGAGAGCAGUUAGAGGCACUUGACCACGAUGAGCCCGUUACGAAUCGAGACCGAAACCGUUUGGAGCGGGAUAAAGGAGAGAAGCAUAGAGCCUCGUCGCCUCUUCAAGGCGGUUCGCAGAGUAAGAGAGCAAGACCGAAUACUGCUGAACAUAAAUCUGCCAAAAAGAGUUCGAAGGACAAAUAUGGAAAAAGUGGUCUAGCAUUCGGUAUUGAAGUGGUGACCGAAAACGUCAGCCACGAUGCAGGUGCCACGGUGAGUCCAGAGGUAAUGAAAGGACCAAAAGAACCUGGAGGACAAGCUGGAAAGGCUGGGGUACCACCUUUGCCGUCCAACGAUGCACCUCACCAAUUCUGGGCUUAUCUCGGCGAGUACUGCAAACCCUUAUCUGAUGAACAUAUUCAGGUACUUGAAAACCUGUUAGAAGCUCAAGAGGCAAUUAAAUCCUCGGACUACGUAAAAGUACCUGCAUUAGGUACGCACUAUACUGUCAAGUGGGCCGAGGAUGAUCUACUUGAAGAACAGAGAGAGGCAGCUUCGGAUGCUUCAACUGUCCGACUGAUCGAAAAUGUGGAAACGGUGCUGCAUCAAACUACGAAGGAAUCACUUAGCGAUGAACGCUAUGGGACCUUGACGCAACGCUUGAUGUCAUGUCUUAUUGAAGAAAAUGUGAUCGGGUUUUCAAGAGACAAACUUCCUAUUGUCGUACCCCAGCGGCAAACCGUAUCGUCCUCGAGCGCCGCUUCAAUCGAGCAACGGAUUCGGCGAGAGCUUGAAGAACUUGGUGUGAUGCAAUCGCCUGCCCAAAAGGCGGCGGAUCAAGACGAUGAAGUGUUUCUUGAACUUCGUAGGUGCCAGUCCCAGUUAAUAUCAAUUUCGGCACAAAACGUACGCAUGCUGCACGCACUCCUUGAAGCCGCUCGCCGACGCCAAGUUAUCCAAAAGCUGGAAGGGCGUUUGCGCCAAAUCGACAACGAUAUUCUUGAGCAUUUUUGGCGACGGCGAAAUAGCGCUCGAUCAUCAAGGUCCUCGUCACUAACAUUGCCUCCACCAAGUAAACAGGACAGGGAACAGUUACGAGCACUACUUGACGAGCGAAAAGCAAUUGCCGGUCAAUUGGAUGCACUGUCUGCCGGGGAGGCAAGUGUUGCGUAAAUAUGCCAAUCGAGAAAUACUCAUUGCAACAUUGCGUUAGGAAUAUAGUCUCAAAAUUAAAAUACUUAUAACCGCUGCCGUACCAGUGACAAUACGAGAGUUGUCACCUUCUUGAAAUACACAUCCUCAAAUUCAAAACGGUUUGCUAUAAUUUUUUAAAUGAAAUUUUGUGAAGCUGUGAAAAGACUUCCAAGACGAAUUUUUGCAAUGAUUGUCUGUUCCAUAACCAGUAACGCGAGUUAUGGAUAAUCGAGUUUGUAUUAUAAUUUAAACUAUGUUCCUACUAUCAUGGCCCUUUUCGUACGUCGUCAUGGUGUGCAACUAGGUUGCUACUUGUAGUAAGCAUGCGCUUGAGCAAUCUAAGAGCUCUUAUUAUGAAUAAUGAGUUUGUGAUGCUGGAGUAUACAAAUAGGUAAUAGGUAUCCAAAUAUAUUUAUGUUGUGAUGGAAUCUAUGUACUUUGAUAUAUAUAUAUAUAUAUAUAUAUAUAUAUAUAUAUGUUUUUCAUUUUUAAGUUCGCUACUAAUAUGAACAAGAGGAACGUUAGAAUUCUUAUCAUGGUCUUUUCAAGGUAUUAGUCUUUGCAUAUGGAUUAUGCAACGAUAACCCGUACAAUAAUAUGAAAGUGAUAGUUGUCACAGUUGGUCCUAUUCUGCAUUAGGUUUUUGUUAAAUAAGGAAUAUAUGUAGCUCGAAGCAUCAUUACCGGUCAACGAGGACGACACGUAAAAAUAAAUCGCUCUAUACUGGAUAGGAAGAGCGUGUCUCUCAUGGAAAAAGUACAUUUCGUUGCUCAGUGUUAUUCUAGCUAUUUCAUAUUUACUGUAUGUUUGGUGUUAUCCUUGUGUGAUAGCCAUUUAUUGGAAUAUGAUUGUCACACCAACCAAAUAAAAAGGUAGUCCAGGACAAGCAAAAUAAGUGCAGCGGUUCUGUAUGAGCACAAGGAUACAUGCAUCCAGCAGACGCCAGCCGUAACAUCAAUUUUAAAAAAAGUCCUUGUAAAAAUGCGUGAUUUUAAUUUUUAAACCAAAUUUUAUAGUGAUUAGUAUUUAUUCGCUGGAGUGUACUUUUUUAAUUUGGAAAGGGAAUACAUUUUCUGAAAAGGUGUACAGUUUUUUUCAAACAGUGUUAAUUCAAAGGUUCUUUUGACGUUUAACUUAUACCUCAAAAAAGUAUAUGUUAGAAAUAAUAA